AUGAAAAAUUUCAGUUAUUGUGAGGAACUGAACGCAAUUUUCAGCGGCGUUUUUUUGCUUCAAUUCACCAUUUCAAUCGCUUCAGCUUCAGUCUCGACUUUUAUUUUCAUGCAACCAGGGGCUUUGGCUAAUAGAAUGAAAUUUGUCACAUAUUUUCUUGCGAUUAUUGCUGAAACAACGUUUUAUUGCCUGCCUUUGGACAUCGUUGUGAACACUGCAAAUCAAUUAAGUGAUGCAGUUUUCGAGUCAAAAUGGUACGAAGUUGACGUUUUACAAUACAAGAAAUGUUUAACACUUGUGAUAGCAAGAGCGCAAAAAAGUGUUCGUUUUAGCGGUUUUGGGAUGGUUUAUAUUAAUCUUCGCACUUUUUUGAUUAUCUGGAAAACUGUGUUUACGUUUUACACUUACCUGAAUUCGGCGGAAAAAAUCUCGGAGUAAUUCAAUUUUAACUGUAGUCAAACAAGUGUAAUUUAA